AUGAAAGCAAAUUUCAUGAAGCGAUACAAUGAGUUAUGUCCUCGAAUAAUCAAAUUGAUCAACAGAGCUUUAGAAUCUUAUGAAACUUAUACGUUUUUGUCCAAAGUGUAUGAAGAGUCGAGCAAAAUAGUUGAUGAUAUGUUAGCAAAAAAAUAUGUGAAUGGAGAAUCAAGUGGAAUGGUUCAUGUAUUUAUAUCAAUUACAAAUGAUAAGGUUGAUAACGUGGACACGGUUGGUAUGGCAAAAGGCAUAAAGAAGCGAGAUGGUUCACGUAAUAACAAAAAACUAGAUAAGUUUUGGGUUGAGAAGUUAGCUAGAAAGUCAAAGAGAUACUCAAAAAAAGAGAAUGAGCUCUCAAGAAAAUUUAUUACAAUCGUUGCCGCAACAAACAUCAAUCCAAUCGAUUCAAAUUGA